AUGCUGAUCAACCAGCUGAGGGAGAUCACUGGCAUCCAAGACCCACAGAUCCUCCUCAAGGCCCUGAAUGCCAGUCAGGGGGACAUUAGCCAUGCUGUUGGGCUGCUGACCACACAGCCGCCAGAGGAGGGCCAGGGGACUGAGGACACACCAGCCACAGAAGUCAACAGGGAGGCCUGGGGGGCCCAGAAAGGUAGGCCGGAAGUUGGGAAGGAAAGUGCUCCUCCUAAAGAUGACCUUCAGACAGCCAUUGAGCUCAGCUUGCAAGAAUCCCAGGCAGAGGAGAGAGAGCUCAACAGGGCACUGGAGGCCAGUGUGGAGGACAGCGCUGCACGGGUGAAGAGGAAGCGCUGCGAGGCCCAAGGAGAGAGCUGCAGCCCUGCAGACUGGAUCCGUAAGGAGGAGUGGCCCGUGGGCAUCCGCAAUGUGGGCAACACCUGCUGGUUCAGUGCUGUCAUACAGUCGCUGUUCCACCUGCCCGUGUUCCGCAGAUUGGUACUUAACUACUGCCUGUCUGAGCGAAUCCUGGAGAAGUGUAAGAGCCACUCGGACAAGAGGAACAUAGCCUUCAUGCAGGAGCUGCGCUGUCUCUUUGCUCUCAUGGUGGGCUCCACUCGCAGGUUUGUGGACCCGUCUGCUGCCGUAGAGCUUUUGAGAGAUGCUUUCCGAUCCAGUGAGGCCCAACAGGUACACACUGAGGUCCAACAGGAUGUGAGUGAGUUCACCCACAAACUCCUUGACUGGCUUGAAGAUGCCUUUCAGCUGGCUGCUAAUGGAAACAGCCCGGAAGAUAAAAAAGAAAACCCAAUGGUUCAGCUGUUCUAUGGGACAUUUGUGGCAGAGAGAACUCAUGCGGGCAAGACCUUAUCCAACAUCGAGCAGUUUGGCCAGUACCCCUUACAAGUGAACGGUUUCAACAACUUGGAUGAAUGUCUUGAAGGCGCCAUGAUAGAGGGGGAGAUUGAAGCCCUACAUUUGGAUCAAACCAUUUCGUCUGGCAGCGAGAGGUGGUUCUCAAAGUUACCACCAGUGUUGACCUUUGAACUGUCCAGGUUUGAGUUCAACCAGUCUUUAGGACGCCCAGAAAAGAUUCAUAAGAAACUGGAAUUCCCACAAAUCAUAUAUAUGGACAGAUACCUUCACAAGAACAAUGAGCAGACCCACAACAGGAGAGAAGAAGUGAAGAGACUGAAGGAGCAGCUCAUAGUCCUGCAGCAGAAACUGGAGUGCUACAGAAACUAUGGCUCAGGGCCGACAAAGUAUCCACUGGCGGACAUGUUACAGUACGUGUUGGAGUUCGCCUGCACCAAGCCCACCAGUGUGUCCCCAGCUGAAGAUGUGAGGCUGGCUGCCUCUUCCCCCACUCCCUCCGGGAGCAACACCAAGCACACAGAGGGCAACCCUGAUGACACCAGGCAAGGACCUCUGGGACAACUGCGCCUGUCCGACAGCCCCACCUGCCAGCAGCAGCCCCCCUCGGGCCAGAGGACACCUAUCUACAAGCCCUUUACCCAGUGUAGAGCCCCCAUGGACACCCCACCUCACCCAGCCCCCCACAGUGUGACCGAGGAGGAGCUGCGCUUUGUCAAGACCUGCCUGCAGCGCUGGAGGACAGAGGUGGAGAUCAACAUGAACGAGCUAAAGGCCAGCAUCGACAGGGUCAGCCAAGCACUGGAGGGCAUGUACUCGGAUAACAGCCUGUGUCAGGUGCCGUAUAGGCUUCACGCCGUCCUCGUCCACGAGGGACAAGCCUCGGCCGGCCACUACUGGGCUUAUAUCUACGACCACGCCAACCAGCGCUGGAUGAAGUACAACGAUGUCAUCGUCAGCGAGUCCUCCUGGGAGGAGCUGGUCAGGGACUCGUACGGAGGCAUGACCAACGCCAGUGCUUAUUGUCUCAUGUACAUUGACGACAGGCUGCCUCACCUCAUCACAGAGGACACAGAUGACGAGACAGGCCAGGUCAUGCGGGCCAUGGACUCCCUGCCACCCAUCCUCAGGCAAUACGUGCGCGAGGACAACCGCUGGUUCCAGCAGGAGCUCAAGGAGUGGGAAGACCAGUUCUGCCAGCAGCCACAGGAGGAGCCGGUCUCUCCCACAGCAGCCGUCACCUCCACUCGUGCUCCCAGUAAAGACGACCCAGCAAAACCAGUCCCCCAAUCUGGCGCAGCCCAGGAACCGACUGGAGAACAGGAACAUGUGGCAGAAUCGGUUGUUAUACCAGCUGUGGAAUCUGGAGAGCCAGUCCCAACAAGCCAGCCCCAGUCCCCAGUCCAUGUGUCACCGGAGAGUGCUGGCAGCAGCCCAGAGGAGAGCGACCACCAGGCUGUCUCUGUCACGCCAGAGCCCUGCCAACAUACCAGUGAGGACGAGGAGGAGCAACAACACUGUCAGCAGCUCCCCCCACCUCAGUCUCCGAGCCCUGCAGCAGAGAUGAGUGGCCAGGCCCAGACUGCAGCUGUGACCCCUGACCCCUCCACAGACGUCACCACUGAGACAGACAGCGAGACUGGGUUCAGAGAGGCAGUGGCGGAAGCUGCAGCAACGCCUGACACCCAGGCAGACGACGAGGAUGAUCAGGACGCCCCGGCGGCGACCAGAAGCAGGCAGCAGCAACCAGAGAAUGUGGUGUCGGAGGUGGAGAUCCCCAACGUGGGCAGGAUCCUGGUCCGGGCCGACACUGACGGCUACAAUGAAGAGAUGAUGCUAACUCCUGCCAUGCAGGGCAUCAUUAUGGCCAUAGCCAAAGCCAGACAGGUGUUCGACAAGGACGGCCCUGAGGCUGGCCUCAUCAAGGCGUUCCAGGAGGAGUACUCCCGUCUGUUUGAGUUGUCUCAGGAGGAGACCACUCCCCAGCAGGACCCGCGCCUGCACCAUGCCCUGGUCUACUUCUUCCAGAACCAGGCGCCCAGUCGCGUCAUAGAGAGGACCCUGCUGGAGGGCUUCACCGACCGCAACCUCAGCUUCGACGACAGGUCCAUUAGUAUCAUGAGAGAGGCCCGUGCCAAACUACGCCUCAUCAAGCCAGAGGAUAUGGAUAUGGAGGAAUAUAUGCAAUGGCAUGAUGACUACAGCCUAUUCCGGACAGUGUUUGUCUACCUGCUGACGGGCCUGGAACAGUACCAGCAUGGAAAGGUGCGCGAGGCGCUGAAUUACCUCAACCACGCCUACAAAGACAACGCCAUGCUACUGAGGAGAGGGGAGAAGAGAGGGAUGGAGCAGUCGCUUAUUGCAUUUUACAGGAGGAGGUGUCUCAAAGAGAUGAAUGACAACGCGGCCACCCUGUUCAGGAGCGGCGAGGUGAGCGACAUGGAGGAGGGCAUGAUCAUCAUGAACGAGGCGGUCAUCCCCUGCAUGCACCUGAUGAGCCGGCCGGACAUGGUCAGCCAGGAAGACCUGGACACCAUGGAGGCUGUACGCAGCCACUGGUGCUCUUACCUGGGAGUAGACCUGGAUGACUCCCUACAGGAGAAGCUGGGUGAGUUUCUGCCCAGGGUUCUGGACUGCUCAACAGAGAUGGUGGUUCUAAAAGAUCCACCAACAGUGCUCUCCAAAGUGCCCCAUGACCUGUGCAGCCGCCUGGCCGCCAUCAUGGAGUCUAUCACCAACACCUCUGUGGUCGCCGUCAAGUAAGGUCAAGGGGUCAGAGGUCAGCUUCUGAGAAUAAGUGUCAAGGCCCGUACGCCAGCCAACGGCCGCUAACGUUUUUAUCCUGAUGUAGAGUUGACAAACACUGGAUUUUUGCCUAGUAUUGCAAAGCAGUUUUUUAUAUUACUUUUUAAUGUGCUUUUACCAUAUUUUUCUAAACUGGAAAAUGUUGUAGAUUCUGAGUGACUUGAGGCAGAGCGUAUACGCUCAUAUGAUACUCACAGAGACAUCAAGGAGAGUUGGAGAGAUUUCUUUAUUAUGCAUUAUUAAGGUAUUAGUGCUUUGAACCUAUGCAGGUAUGUUUUAAGAAAGUGAAAACACAGAAAGAGUAUUUUUAUAGUUUCUUAGAUAUUUUACAUGUAUCAUGAUGAAUUAGGAUUGCCGUGAGCGUAGAAAUUCAGUUUCCUUUGUCCAAACCUAUCUUGUUUUCUAUUCUCUUGUUUAUAUAUGUAAGCCUUUCCUUCCACUCCUCUGAUUUCCACUUGUUGAAACCUGUAUUGACGCUCAAUAAACUUUCAAACUUUCU